AUGCCUGAAAUGCGGUUGUUCACGGGUCUAUGUCUUCUGGUUCUCUUGCUACUAACGCAUGAAGUUGUCGGUGCUGGAGAAGACAAGGCAAAGGAACUGGAAAGUAAAGUUCUUGAGGUGCUGGAAGGAGACGCAGAUGACACGGUGGAGGAGAUUGAAAAAUAUGGAGAUGUUGAAACACAGGAUGUUCUUGCGCCAAGUGGAUGGCGUCGCCUUCGUCGAAGGAUCAGCGGAGGCCUCAGAAGGAUCUUCAGAAAGCCACGAAGGAUUUGCUUCCCCUAUUGCCCCACAGGUCCAAGAUAUCCAGGGCCCAGACCAUACUAG